GGGCACGGGGUAAAGAGGCGCCCAAGCCAGGGCCUCGCGCGGCAACUUUAAAAACUGAGUCGGCCGCCUCGUGACUUUCGCGCGCGUCGCCGGUCGCCCUGCCUCUCGCUCGCCCGGUUGGAAAAUGUCGACUUCUGCGCCCUUUAUCCGCCCCAACCUGAGGCUCACGCCAGGCUGGCAAUCGACGGCCAACACAGCGGGAGAGCCCGCCACCGUCUACGAUCUUCUCGAACAGUCGGCCCGGCUGAACGCACAACAUGCCUUUGCGCUCCAGCUGGCUCCCUCGCUCGUCGCGUCAGACACACGCACCAUCAGCCAUGGGCAGCUCCUCGAGGCCGUCGACCGCUGCUCGGCCUGGCUCGUCGCAGAGGGCAUUGCCAGGCGCUCUGCUGCAAAGAGAGACAGUGGCAACGGGGUAGAAAGGGGCACCCCUGUGGCCAUUUUUCUCGGCAGCGACGCCAACAUCUUUGUCUACCUCGUCGCCCUCACCAAGCUUGGCAAUCCCUUUGCCCUCUUUUCGUCGCGCCUCUCGGCAGAGGCCGUCACGGCACUCUGCACGCGCGCGGGCAUUCGAAGCAUACUGACGGAUCAACGCACCGUGGUCACCUGGGCACAAUGCCAGCAGUCCCUGGGCGAGGCUGAGGGCGAAGCUGUGCGGCAAGUGGAUGCGCUGCCAUUGGCAGCUUGGCUCACGGACGCCAGCGUCCCCGCCAGCAUCACGGUGGAAAAGGGCGACGAGGUGGAUCCAAACGACUGCAGCGUCGCCAUCUUUCAUUCUUCGGGCAGCACAGGCCUUCCCAAGCCCAUCUUCCACUGCCACCGCUACCUGCUUGGCUAUGCGGCCAACCACGAGCUGUCUGCGGACGCCGUCGGCGUGACGCUCUCGACGCUGCCCCUCUACCACGGCUUUGGCCUGCUCGCGCCCUGUCUCUCGCUCUCCAUUGGCAUGACGGUCGUAUUGCCAGCGGCGACGACGAUCCCCACGGGUCUGUCGACGGCCGCGAUGCUGCACCUGCAGCCGGCCAAGCGCAUCUUCAUCGUUCCCGCCACGCUGGGCGAGAUGGAGGCCGACGCAGCGGGCCUUGCGCUGCUCCAGCAGCUCCAGCAGGUCGUGGUGGGCGGUGCGCCCAUGAAGCUGUCGCUUGGCGAGCGCCUCGAGGCGGCCGGCGUGUCGCUGCUCAACCAUUUUGGCGUGACCGAGAUCGGCGCGCUGGCGCCCAUCUGCGUGCCCGCGCCGUCGUGUCGGUACAACUGGCGCUACCUCCUCGUGCGCAACGACAUCAACAUCCAGUUGCAGACGCUGCCGCUCCAGGACGGUGGCGGAUCUCUGCUGCGCCUUGGCGCGCGGCCCUUUGGCUGGGCAGACGACUUUUGGGUCCAGGACGCCCUCGAGGAGAACGCCGACGCGGGCGACGGGCGCAGGCAGGUGCGCAUCCGUGGCCGUGUCGACGAGCUCAUCGUCCUGGCCACGGGCGAAAAAGUCAGCCCCAUUGCCGCCGAGUCGGCCCUGCGCGAGCACCCGCUUGUGACGGAUGCCGUCAUGUUUGGCAAUGGCCGCUUCCAGGUCGGCCUCAUCGUCGAGACGGCGUCCACUGCUGGUGCCAGCGUGACUGCGCAGGACCUCGGCCCGACGCUCGACGAGCUGAACCGCGUGUCGGAUGCGCAUGCCCAGAUCGAUGCCACGCUCAUCGUCCUGACGCAAAAGGCUAAAAAGGCCCUCGUCCGCACGCCAAAGGGCAACCCCGAGCGCAAGGCCAACGUCGACCUGUUUGCCGUCGAAAUCGAGGCGGCCUACCGCGCUGCCGACCGCGUGGCCGGGCCGCUGCUGGACCUCGACGAUGCACAGAGCCUCGAGGCGACAAUCACCGAAGCCGUCACAGGCCUCCUGAGGCGACGAAAAGGCGAAAUUGGUGUCGACGACGACUUUUUCGAGCUGGGCAUGGACUCGUUCAAGGCGCUCAAGCUGCUGCGCAUGCUCCAAGCAGGUGCCGGCACCCUGCCAUUUACAUUUGUCUACCGAAACCCAUCGGUAGCCAAGCUCGUCGCCGCACUCGCGCAGGGCAGUCGACAGGACCAAAGGACCGACGACGAGGAUGCAGCAGCCGUGCAGGCAUGCGUCGACGGGGCACUCCGCCAGCUCGACGAGUGCUGCCCAUCGUCGCUUCGUGAUGACGCCACAGGUGGACAUGCGCCAAGGAGAAAGCCUCGCACGGGGCCAUCGAUUGUCAUUACCGGCAGCACGGGCAGCUUGGGCAGCCACCUCCUGCGCGCAGCACUGAGCCAACCGCACGUCGAGCACGUCUACUGCCUCGUCCGUGGUCCAGACCCGCUGCAGCGACAGCUCGAAGUCAUGGCCAAGCUGGGCGUCAGCUGCGAUCGGACACGCAUCAGUGUGUGGACCGCAUCGCUGAGCAAGCCCAAGCUGGGCCUCACCGAGGCGCAGUACCACGAGCUGGUCACCCAUGCAACGCACAUCAUCCACAACGCCUGGCCCGUCGACUUUCUCCGCCACCUGGCCUCGUUCCAGCCCCACAUUGACGGACUUGCGCGUCUGAUUGAGCUGGGCGUCGACAUCUCACAGCAGCAGCAGCAGCAGCAGGACAUCAUCCGGCCGCGCCUCGUCUUUGCCUCGUCGAUUGCCGUGGUGGCCAGAUAUGCGUCCGAGAGGGACACGGCGGUCGUCGUCCCCGAGGAACCAGUGGUCGAUGUGCGCGCCUGCUCGACGCUGGGCUAUGCACAGGCCAAGCUCGCCUGCGAACAGCUUCUCCAGCGGGCGCCGUUCCGCCACGCCGUCUCGAUGGCGAGUGUGCGCAUCGGCCAGCUGACCGGCGCCGAGGGCCUGGGCAACUGGUCGACGAGCGAGCACAUGGCCGCGCUGGUCAAGAGCUCGCGCACCGUGGGAGCACUGCCGGACCUCCAGGGCACCCUCUCGUGGCUGCCCGUCAAUCGAGCUGGCGACGCCCUCGUCGAAAUUCUCCUCUCCGAGGACACCACAAAGAACUACAACGACGACGACGACACACCGGCGAUGAUGCAUCUCGAGAAUCCGGCACGGCAGUCGUGGCCCGACAUGGUCGCGCUCCUGGGCCAGGCCAUUGCCGUCGACCGCGUCCGUCCCUUUGACCAGUGGCUCCAGCUUGUCCAGGUACAGUGCCCCGACGCAGGGCCCUUGGUCGACUUUUUCCGUCAAGACUUUCUUCGGCUCGCCACGGGCUCCCUCGUCCUCGACACAGCCAUCGCCAAGCGCCACUCAUCGACACUGACUAAGAGCAAACCCUUGGACAGCAAGCAUGUACAGGAGUAUGUCAAAUACUGGCGUGCCUCGGGCUUCCUGUAAAUAAGUUCACCAAUUGCAAUUACGAG